AUAAGUAAGCAAACAAUAACUAUUGCAGAGAGAAAGGCAAUAAUAAAGACAAUUUAUUUUCACUUAACGCCCUUUUGAUAUUUGCCUGAGGCAAAUCAUACGCUAAUUAAAAGCUCACCACUUCAGUGGGCCCUCCCAUAAGAAGGAGGUAAUAAAAGCUGUCACUUGCUGCCUGUUUCAUCACAACUGACUCAUGCACUCACUUCAGCAGUGAAAGGCAGCAGCAGCAGCAAUUUAUUAAAACUAUUUCUGCACUAGAACAGAGAACAUCUAUGAGCAUUCUUCUAUUGUGGACCAUCAACUUUAAUCAAAAUAAUAAUCUGUGUGUUCUGUUUAGAGCAGUGCUAACAAAAAAGGUCACCUUCUGAUUUGGAUCUUGUUCCUGCCUUUAUUACUGUCAUCAUCAUCACCAUUGUAACAUUACAAUGAUGAUAAGCAUUGCUUUGAUCUGGGGAGUAGUGGUUGGAUUUUGUUGCCUUCUGUGGCUUGCACUGGGGAUAAGACACAGGCAAGCUGGUGAGCCUGUUAUUGAAAAUGGUUUCAUUCCUUAUCUGGGCUGUGCUUUGCAAUUUGGGGCAAACCCUCUUCAGUUCCUUCGCAGCCGCCAGAAGAAGUAUGGUCAUAUUUUCACCUGCAAGAUAGCAGGCCAGUACAUCCACUUCUUGUGUGACCCCUUCUCCUACCAUUCAGUCAUCAGACAAGGAAGACACCUUGAUUGGACAAAAUUUCAUUUUGCAACAUCUGUUAAGGCAUUUGGUCAUGACAGCUUUGACCCUCGUCAUGGUUACACCACAGAAAACCUCCACCAAACAUUUCUGAAGACCUUGCAGGGGGAAGCUCUGCCCUCCCUGAUAGAAACUAUGAUGGGGCACCUGCAAGAUGUCAUGCUUAAGUCAGACACACUUAGUCCCAGUAAGGAACAUUGGCAGGUGGAUGGUAUUUUUGCUUUCUGCUACAAGGUAAUGUUUGAAGCUGGCUACCUGACGUUGUUUGGUAAAGAGCUUGAAGAAGAUAAGUAUCACACCCGGCAGGCAGCACAAAAAGCCUUGGUCCUCAACACUUUGGAGAACUUUAAGGAGUUUGACAAGAUUUUUCCAGCCCUUGUGGCUGGCUUGCCCAUCCAUGUCUUCAAAAGUGCCUACAGUGCCAGAGAGAACCUAGCAAAGACCAUGCAUGCUGAAAACUUGUCCAAGAGGCACAACAUGUCUGAUCUGAUCUCUAUGAGGAUGAUACUGAAUGACUCCUUAUCUACGUUCAAUGACGUGAGCAAAGCUAGAACCCAUGUUGCUCUGCUCUGGGCUUCACAGGCUAACACACUGCCUGCUACGUUCUGGAGUCUAUUUUACAUGAUAAGGAGUCCAGACGCUAUGAAAGCAGCUCAAAAAGAAGUGCAGAACGUUCUGAAAGAUUUGAGUUUAAUAGUAGACCCCAAUGAGCCCAUGCUAAAUCUGACCAGAGACCAGCUGGACAAUAUGCCUGUUUUGGACAGCAUUGUGAAAGAAGCCAUGCGGCUUUCCAGUGCCUCUUUGAAUAUUCGGGUUGCCAAAGAGGACUUCCUGCUUCACCUUGACAACCAAGAAGCUUACCGUAUUAGGAAAGAUGAUGUCAUAGCCCUGUAUCCACCCAUGCUGCACUAUGAUCCAGAAAUCUAUGAGGAUCCCUAUGAGUAUAAGUUUGAUCGUUUCCUGAAUGAGAAAGGUCAGGAGAAAACCACUUUUUAUCGUAAUGGCCGGCGGCUACAUUACUUCUACAUGCCCUUUGGCUCAGGAGUCACAAAAUGCCCUGGAAGAUUUUUUGCUGUGUAUGAGAUCAAGCAGUUUCUUACUCUGAUGCUGUCCUACUUUGACAUGGAAUUAUUAGAAUCUGCUAUCAGAGUUCCUCCUUUAGACCAGUCCCGUGCUGGCCUGGGAAUUCUCCAACCUACCUAUGAUGUGGACUUUAGAUAUAAGAGGAAGCAGAACCACUAAACUCAUUCAUUGCUGAGCCGGCUGACUGAAUUACUUAGUGUAUAUAGUGUAAAUAUGAAAGUACAAUGAAGAAAUCCUGCCAUGUAUGUAAAUAGAUUGACUAAUUCUUUUACGUUCUAUUUCAUUAAAUGAGUUUGUAGAAAAUGGGUUAAAUGGAAUCAUCA